GACGAGUGUGCUGCUGCUGUGGUCUAUGUGCUCCAUGGGCAGUGCUGACUGGCUGCAGAACAUCAGCACCGAUCUCUUCAGAUCUCCAGGAGACAUACUCCUUGGCGGACUCUUCCCUAUUAAUGAGCUCACCAGCAAUCUGAGCGAACGAGAGGAGCCUGAUGAGAUACAGUGUAACAGCCUCAACAGCUACGGCUUGGCUCUGUCCCUGGUGAUGAAGUUCUCGGUGGACUACAUCAACGCUGACCCCAGCGUGCUGCCUGGUGUAAGGCUGGGCUUUGAGACCUACGACACGUGCAGGCAGCCGGCCGUGAUCAUGAAGCCAACUCUGCUCUUCCUCAGCGAGGGCUCCACGGAGGAGGUGGCUGUCAGGUGCAACUACACGGACUACGCCACGCGGGUGGUAGCCAUCGUCGGUCCGUACACCUCGGAAAUGGUGUCCGUCGUCAGCAAGCUGCUUGGGUUCUUCCUGAUACCACAGAUCAGCUUCGGUGCCACCAGUGACAAGUUCAGUGACAAGCAGCUGUACCCGUCCUUCAUGCGCACCGUGCCCACUGAUAAGUGGCAAGUGGAGGCCUUGGUGGACUUGCUGAAGGAGUUCAAGUGGAACUGGGUGGCGGUGGUGGCCAGCGAAGACGAGUACGGGCGGCAGGGUCAGCGGCAGUUCUCCGCCCUGGCGUCGGAACGGCGCAUCUGCGUGGCAUAUGAGGGGCUCAUCCCUAUCUACAGGGACCCCGUACCCACCAUCAGAGAGAUCCUGGAGCACAUCAAAGAGACCAGAGUUGGGGUAGUGGUGCUCUUCUCCCUCCCGCAGCCUGCCACUGAGUUCUUCACUGAGGUGAUCCGCAAGAACAUGACACUGGUGUGGGUAGGCAGCACCGCCUGGGGGCUGCACAAAGGCGUCGCCAUGCUCCCCAACAUCCACACCGUGGGCACCAUCCUGGCCUUUGCCGACACGAGCCACCCGCUGGCCCUGUUGAACCCCUACUUUAGGGCUCUCUUCUCCAAGAUCCAACAGGAGAGGCUCAGCCAGUCCUCCCUGAAGCCCAGCGCAAACAUCCCCUCCAUGGGCAACCCAUGCCCAUCGUGCUGGCACAUCUCCCCAGACAACAUGAGCCUGGUGGAGGACACACUGCUGCAGAGGACCGCUUUCAGUGUGUAUGCGGCCGUCAAAAGUGUGGCUCACGCACUGCACAACAUGCUGGGCUGCAAUGCGACCAUGUGUCCGCAACAGUCCAGCUACAAAAUCUACCCAUGGCAGUUGCUUGAGGAGUUGAGGAAAGUGUCCAUUGACAUAAAUGGCACACAUUUUGUGUUUGAUGAGGAAGGGAACCCGAGCUUGGGCUAUGAUGUGCUGGUGUGGAUCUGGAAGCCUGAAGUGACGUUCAGAGAGAUCGGAAACUUCUUUAGGAACCUGUCAAUCAACAGGACGAGGAUUGAGUGGCACACAACACCCAAUAUGGUGCCUGAGUCCACCUGCUCUGCAAACUGUGGGAAAGGAGAGGUCAAGCGCGUCAAAGGCUUCCACUCCUGCUGCUUUGACUGCAUCCCAUGCAAAGAGGGAACAUUCCAGAACAAUAGCGAUGACAUUCAGUGCACCAACUGCCCAACGGGCCAGUGGUCCACCCACCGCAGUACCUCCUGUGUGUACCCCACUUACACCUACCUCUCCUGGGACAGCUGGGAUAGCCUGGGUCUGGUUCUGGCGGGGGUGUUGGUGCUGGUCUGUGAGGUCGCUGUCGGGGUGCUCUUCCUGCGCCACAGGAGUACCCCCGUGGUGAACGCGUCCGGAGGGGCGCUCUGCUUCCUGUCGCUGCUGUGCCUGAUGGGAUGCAGUGCCAGUCUCGUGCUUUUCUUGGGCCAGCCAAGAGACCUCGUGUGCCGCCUGCAGCUGCCAUUCAAUGCCAUGUUCCCCACCGUGGCUCUGUCCACCAUUUUAGCCAUCUCUCUACAGAUUGUUUGCGUGACUGAGUUCCCUGAGAAGAUCUCAGCUCACCUGCACACUCUACGCGGUCCGGGCAGCUGCCUGGUGGUUCUGGCGUGCUGCGGGGUCCAGGCGGGACUGUGCGGUUGGUUCGUCCAGGAGGCCCCCACCCUGUCCCGCUUUGUCUCCGAGCUGGAGGUGAACUUUGUGACGCAGUUCCUCAGCUGCCCGGUGACGCCGCUGCUCAGCUUCGGCAUUGCCCUGGGCUUCAACGGCGCGCUGGCACUCGUCUCCUUCAUGUGCACCUUCAUGGCCCUGAAGCCCGCCGGGCAGUACAACAUGGCACGCGACAUUACCAUUUCCACUCUGGCCUACUGCGUGGUGUGGGUAAUCUUCGUGCCCAUCUACACAGGCCUGGACGACAAGAAGAAGUCCAUCGCCCAUGUCGCAGUCACCUUGAUCAGUCACAUGGGGCUGGUGGCGGCCUUCUUCUUCCCCAAGUGCCACCUGCUGCUCAAAAGACCUGAGCUCAACACGGCAGAGCACUUCCGUGCCUAUCUGGAGGGGAUCAUAACGCCUCCUCAAGAGGAGCAGGCUCAGUGAUACAGGGGAUGACAAAAGCCAAUACAUUGUCAUGAGAUUUCCUAGAAGAGAAUUGAUAUAACUACGUGUUCAGUAGAUAAGUAUAAAUGUGUGUAAUUGUUCAUUAAAGGGUAUAAACCACACACUUGUUUUGUGUACAGUACAUUUGGGCAAAGCGAAGGGUUACUACCUACACCCAACUGGCCUGCUGCAUGGUGUGAGUAAUCUUUGUGACCAUCUACAUGUGCCUGAACAACUGAAGUCCAUCGCCCACAUCACGGUCACCUUGCUCAGUCACAUGGGCCUGGUGGUGGUCUUCUUCGUCCCCUAGAGCCAUCUGCUACUGAAAAGACCUGAGCUCGACACGGCAGAUCACUUCAGUGCCUAUCUGGAGGAGACCAUAACAUCUCCUCAAGGGAGACAGGCUCGAUGAUACACAACAAUGAAACAUGCAAAUAUAUUAUACUGAGUUUUCAUUGAAGAG